UACGGGAAGUGAGAGCACUAUUAGGGAUUGCACUUCAAUUCAUUGCUGUGCCUCAAGGAAUAACAACAAGGGGAAAUUGCAAACUAGCAACAAAACAACCCUGGCCAUGUCUGAGACAUACGAUUUCCUGUUCAAAUUCCUAGUGAUUGGGAAUGCAGGAACUGGAAAAUCAUGUCUUCUUCACCAGUUUAUUGAGAAGCGAUUCAAGGAUGAUUCAAAUCACACCAUUGGAGUAGAGUUUGGCUCAAAGAUAAUCAACGUUGUGAACAAAUACGUCAAACUUCAAAUCUGGGACACGGCAGGACAAGAGAGAUUCAGGUCUGUGACCCGAAGUUACUACAGAGGCGCUGCCGGGGCACUGCUUGUGUAUGACAUCACUAGCCGGGAAACCUAUAAUGCCCUGACCAACUGGCUGACGGACGCCAGGAUGCUGGCCAGCCAGAAUAUUGUCAUCAUCCUCUGUGGUAACAAGAAGGACCUGGAUGCAGACCGGGAGGUCACCUUCCUAGAGGCAUCUCGAUUUGCUCAGGAAAAUGAGCUAAUGUUUCUGGAGACCAGUGCUCUGACGGGGGAGAACGUGGAGGAGGCUUUCGUGCAGUGCGCCAGGAAAAUCCUCAACAAGAUAGAGUCAGGAGAGUUGGACCCAGAGCGAAUGGGAUCAGGGAUCCAGUACGGAGACGCGGCUCUGCGACAGCUACGCUCCCCUCGUAGGGGACAGGCUGAAAGCGCCCAGGAAUGUGGCUGUUAGGGAGCAUGCUCAGUGUUCCCAGAUUCAAGUGUCCUUGUUUUCAGGCAGGUUGGUGAAGAUGCAGAGGACCGGUGUAGGGAACGUGAAAGAGGCUUAAUCCCGAUGGAGCAACUCUUCCCUGACCUUCCUUUAACUUCUGCACUUCCGGAUGUUCCGUCAUAGAGACCCACAGAGUCACAGGUUUCCAGCCCCACUCUGGAAUGCUGAGCUUGUUCCUGGACCCCUCCGACACCGGCAGAGACGCCCCUGUCCCCUUCUCUAAGAGUGGACCUUGCCCUCCAGUCAUCUAGACCCGUAUAUCAUAAAGCAGGCGUCGGCCACAGGCAGCCCGCGGGUGCUGACAUCUUGUUUUUCCUUUUAGAUCAUAAUGAAUAUGAUUGAAUGGACAGGGAGACCAAAACCUACAUGAACUGAGAUGCUAAAUGAUAACAGGCUCUGACGUCUUACACCCCUAUACUGCAGCCCAAUCCCCACCUGUUGCAUCUGUACAGUGUUGUCUGUAUAAAAAAAAAAGAUCUAUCUAUCUUCCCCAAAGCAUGUUUUAUGGACUUAAUAUCGGAGUGUUUCAUUAUUAUCUGAAAAAUAAUAUAUCAAUUAAGGCACAUUACAUUAUCUUUGAUCAUGUUAUGGUUAGAAUUAUCAAUCGGCACUGUCUAGCGUCUGCUGGUUUAUGAGAAUUAUCAAUCGGCACUGUCUCGCGUCUGCUGGUUUGUUAUGAGAAUUAUCAAUCGGCACUGUCUCGCGUCUGCUGGUUUGUUAUGAGAAUUAUCAAUCGGCACUGUCUCACGUCUGCUGGUUUGUUAUGAGAAUUAUCAAUCGGCACUGUCUCAUGUCUGCUGGUUUGUUAUGAGAAUUAUCAAUCGGCACUGUCUCACGUCUGCUGGUUUGUUAUGAGAAUUAUCAAUCGGCACUGUCUCACGCCUGCUGGUCUCAUUGACCCAUUAUUUGGGUUUAUAAGUUGUUUUUUCCCCUCUUAAGUCAUGUCAUGCUUUUUUUCUUAAUUUAUUCUUAAUAAUAUAGAAACUCUUUUUAAAAUAAAGUAUUACAAAUGUAUGUUUGCACUUUGCUAAGAUGCCUCCUCUUUGUCUUUAAUUCCCAAGUGUGUUUGAAACAUCUCUUUUAGAUACCCUUUAAAACAUAGGGAGGAGCAGUUCCCUUUGCACCUCUGUAGGCAAGCAUCAGUCUUCUAGCAGAUGCAAGCUAAAACCGGAAGCCAGUGGAAUGUGUGGAAGAGCAGCGUGACAUUGGAGAACUUGGAAACACCAAGCAGGCCGCAUGCCGGACGGUAUAAACAGGGAGGCCCCCUAUCAACAGUGAGUUACAGCUCUCCAGGUGGGAGAGAAUUUUCUGGACUAAUACCUGCACCGCUGUGUGAAUACCUGGGCGAGGUAAGAUUGUACAAUAUGAAAGAACCUGCCGACGCAAGUCACCACCUUGGUGUUGGCAGAGAAGGCUUGGGUGUUGUUAGGGGUGGGUUUGUUAAUUUUGGCAAUACAGUCAAAGCUCAGUUUAGGGGGCCCCACCUCUAGCAUGACCAUUGUAGCAUCACCACAGACUAGUAUUUGCCUAAAGGUACAGUAUCAGUUCACUUGAUAUGAAGUGUUUCCUAGUAAGUUUCAAUCAAUAGGAAAGUGAAAGACAUUUAUUUACCUUCUAGUACUUUGUUACAAUAAAACCUGGGUUUUGUCCAGACCCAGUGGUUCUCAACCCACUCCUCGGGGACCCCCAGCCGGUCUGGGUAUUUGAGCUACUGAGCUAGCCCACCUGAUUUAACGUCCCAGAUGAGUGGAUUGAGAACCUCUGGUCUAUAAACACGCCAUGAUUCAAUUCACUCUUGGACAGGGACACUGUGCAGUUGUUAACCGUGAUGGAGCAGUCUUGCAGCAGACCAGCCUUCCUCCAAAGGGAGAGUGUCUUUGCCUCGUUGGCCCAUAUCCAAGCAGAGAUGUCAGCCGGGGCGACAGAAAUGCAUGUUGUCACCCAGGUGGGUGUUGGAAGUCAUCCACACAGCAACGAUAACAGAGCCCAUGUAAGGAUAUGAUACAGCCAAGUGACUUGGUGUGUAAAGAGAAAAGGGCAUCAAACCAAUCCCCGGGGGACACCAGAUACUGAUCCUCUCCAUGUCACCUGGUAGAAGCUGCCUGCCAGGUAGAAUGCAAACCAAGUGUGUAGAGCCUGAGAGGUUGGAAAGGAGGGUCUGAUUGUGUUGUGUCAAAUGCAGUGAAUAGAUCUAAUAGGAUGAGAAGAGGACACAGAAUCAUCUUUGACAGUGCUAAGUGCCUCUGUGGCAGAGAGCAGUAUAGGUUCAGUGGCACUUCUUGAAUCCCGAGUGGUCAAAUUUGGUCAGAGACAGAAAGCGUAAGUAUUUUGGAAAAACUGUCAAAAAAAAUCUCCUAUCCCAUUUUCAUAUGCGAGAAUAGUACAUUCUACCAAUGGAUGGCACUGUUGGUAUUUGUUAACUGAUAUGCUCAAACGUAUUUGAUUUUGAAUCACAUUUUAAGGUCAAAU